AUUUUAGCUGAGAAACGAAAAUGGGCAUGCUAAUUGUUAGCCUCGUGAAAGAGUGUGAAAUUAUCCACAAUAACUGUGUUUUCUGAUCUUGAAGGAGCUAAGCAUUCAACCAAAAACGUUAAGAAAGCAUUGGAAGUAUUCAGACGCGACACAGAAGUUGUUGGGAUCGUCCACCCCUAACACAGUGAUGACCUCACAGCAGCAUCCCCUCCCCAAUGCAAACGUCAACCCUCCUCUCCUCGUCCCCCAGAACUCGUCAGCUCACCAGGGUAGGCCUCACAUUCAUCCAAACCAGCUGGACUCUACUCAGAGUAGUGCUGCGGGGCACCUUGCCCCCCACAGAGGUCUGAUGGGUGGUGUGGGGUCCUCGUCGGUGGGGACCUCCAGCGGAGUGGCAGUGAAUAGGGGCACGUUGGCCUCCUGCACUAACUCUGCCUCCUCAAGGAGGCUCUCGUCGGGACGCUUCGAACCCUGGCCCGAGGAGGCCGUAGACAAUGCUUACGGCUUGUACUCGCUGCACCGCAUGUUCGACAUAGUGGGAGCCCAGCUCACGCACCGCGACGUGCGAGUGCUCUCAUUCCUGUUCGUGGACGUCAUCGACGAGUAUGAGCGUGGAGGCAUCAGGAGUGGCCGGGACUUCCUGCUGGCUCUGGAGCGCCAGGGGCGAUGUGAUGAGACCAACUUCAGACACGUCCUGCAGCUGCUCCGCAUCAUCACACGGCAUGACCUGCUCCCCUACGUCACACUCAGGAAGAGACAGACCGUGUGCCCAGACCCAGUGGAUAAGUACCUGGAAGAGACGUCGGUGCGUUAUGUGUCCCCUAGAGGAGGAGAGAGCAGGGAAGCUGCACCCCACAGAAGGACAGGCCCCCAGCCAGUGAUCUGCUGUUCUCCAUCGGGGAACCAGGUGGGCCCUUCCCGCACCAAGCCAGGCCCCCCAUUACCCAGCCGCAAAAGAAAGAGGGCCUACGCCACAGGGGACUGCAGGGAGAAGCAAACCUGUGACAUCCGCCUACGAGUGCGCGCUGAGUACUGCCAGCAUGAAUCAGCGCUUCAGGGAAACGUUUUCUCCAACAAGCAGGAGGCUCUGGAGAGGCAGUUUGAGCGGUUCAACCAGGCAAACACUAUCCUCAAGUCCCGGGACCUGGGCUCCAUCAUCUGCGACAUCAAGUUUUCGGAGCUCACCUACCUAGAUGCUUUCUGGCGGGACUACAUCAACGGCUCCCUGCUGGAGGCCCUGAAGGGCGUCUUCAUCACAGACUCACUCAAACAGGCGGUGGGCCAUGAGGCCAUUAAACUGCUGGUCAAUGUGGAUGAGGAGGACUAUCAGGCCGGCCGCCGCAAGCUGCUCCGGAACCUGGUCACAGGAUUGGGGGCAGGGUCUGCAGCUGGAGCUGCAGCCGCACCCGGAGGGAGCAGAGAGACUCCAUCCUAGAAACACGUGCUUCUGCUGCUUUUAGCAGAGGGGGCACCCGUGUCCCAAAUAAGAGAAAUUGACUUUAUGGCGAGGACAGGAGCAAGGAAAGUGAAAAGGCUGUUCUGUUUCAGGAAGAAGUAUGAAGGAGAAUGCUGGGUGCCCUACCCUUUCAUAUAUAAAGGGAAUGUGAAAUAAAAGUGAGCAAAAGCAAGUGAGUCAGGAGAUGUGUAGAACACAGACAGAAGAGAAGUGUUUUGAAAGUUGAAGAUUUUGUUUCUUCUGCUGAAGGGACAAUGCUAAUAUUUUCUAUUGUAACAUGUUAGUUGACUAUAAAAUCAGAUUUCACAUUUUCUUUUGGCAUCACACAUUUCUUUCCCAAAAAGUUUUCAUGAAAUGUCCCCUUGUAGACUAUUACUUCACAUGGCUAUAAACAGGCAAGUCCCUGUUGGGACAUUUUGCAUUUUGUUUAUCGCCAGACUAGGACAGAAUCAUUGUAAGCCAGAGACAUUACCAUCAUACAAUUAUUUGGUAGUAAAUAAGUCAGAUUUUUCUUCUCCAAAACUGUUGGUACCUUGAUGUCAAAUGAGCAAAUAUUGUGAAUCAUUCUUGUUGAACCAAAUCAACAAGAAUGCUUCACAAUAUUUGUUCAUUUGACAUCAAGGUACCAACAGUUUAGGAGAAUACAUUUUUUUUUAAACCUUACUGAGUGGUGUCAGAAGUGCUUGAAAAUUGCAACACAAACAUACAUUCAAAAACAUAUAGAAUGCAGUAAUAUAUAUAUAUAUAUAUAUAUAUUAAUUAAAUGGCAAGUCAUGUUGAAAUAAUUUUGCUCAGUAAAUACUGUAUCUAGGGCAAUUCCACGGAAACAGUGACACUGAGAUUCCGAUGUUUCACUUUAAAAUGUAUGUCAAACAAACCUAUGAUUGCAAAGUUAAACAAACCAUACAACUCUAUGCACAAGGACUCGUUUGAACAAUUUCCACAGAACAUUGCAGAUGCAAAGUUUGGUAACAGAAUGACGGCACCAACAGCACAAACCGUAAUACUGUUACCGAACUUUGCAUCUGCACUGUUUUUCAAGUAAAUGUGUUUUUGUAACAUUUUCAGUAGAAAUUGUAAAAGUAGUCCUUGUGCAUAGAGUUGUGUGGUUUGAUUAACUUUGGAAUCAUUGGAUUUUUUGUUUAAUGGACAUAAAAAAAAAAGUCUCAGUAGCUACGUUUCCAUCAACUUGUCCGGUUUUUUAUUUUUUGUUUCUGUCGCAUUUUAGAAAGUUUGCAUAGAAA